AACCACCUCUUUUUAGAUAAUCAAACAAUGUAUUCUUACACUCCGCUUCAUUUCUUUCUUUAACCACCGCUUUUUAGAUAAUCAAACAAUGUAUUCUUACACUCCGCUUCAUUUCAAUAUAAAGUACUCUUUAUCCAAACUUUUCUAGACAUCCACAUGAAAAUAAUAAUAAAGAGAAAUUUAUAAAAACAUACAGAAUCAACUAUGUCUUCUAUUUUUAAAGAGACUGAUGCCGUUGCUCCAGAUAACCAGAAUGAAGUUGAUACUAAUGUUGUUGUUAUUGCUGUUCCUGGUAAUGAUGAUAGCGAAAUGAGAUCAAGUUCUGCUCAAAAAGAAGUUGACACAACUUAUUUAUCUAUAUUGAUUGGUGUGUUAAGUUAUGGAAGUGGUCAAGAUGAUGAAUACGAUGAUGAUGCGCAAAGAAAGGCUGAUCCUGAUGAAGGAUUCCUUAAACUCAUUAGCAACAUUGGAAACUGCUCUGCCUUUAAAGCGAGGAUUAUCAAGCUAUUAUGAUAGAUUCAUGAAUUUAAAUGAAGUAAGAAGUGUGAGAGAGAUUGAGAAGGAAGAAAGCCCGUUGAACAAGCGAAGAUGUUUGACAGCGACACAAUGUAUAAAUAACAUGAAUAUCAAUUCUUUUGAAAGUAAUUGUACUCUCUCCCAUUUUUUUAAUUACUUUACUCUCUCUAUGUUAAUAUACAUAACAUAGCCGACAUAUACAUAGCAUUCUAUGUAUGUGUUAAAAUUUUUGUAAUAUGUUUAGAGAGUUGAGAUUUUUUAUAAUAUUGAAAACAUAAGUUGUGUAUUUGUAUAAUUUUUAGUUAUAUUAGAUAAAUGCCUUAUUUGACA